UAUAUAUAUAUAUAUUGUGAAAAACGUGAAAACAAUGCAAAAUGCAAGCUUCAUUGUGUAACACGUUGGAGUAAAUGUGGUGUUCUCACAUUAAGCACUGCUCGCAUUUGAUCUUUAUUCCACACACACACACACACACACAAACACACACUUAUAAACUAAAGCGUGUAAGGGUGUUAACUGGGUCUAUUUUCGUGUGUACAGUACUCGUAAUUCACCUCCCCGUCGGAUGCCUCCGUUUGAUAUCUAUGGUCUGCUUCCCUCCGCUCAUUCUUUCUCCUCGUUAUUAUUCGCUCUCCCUUCUGCGGAUCUACUCCCGCUCCACUCUCCAUAAAUUCUAGGGUUGUAAGAAGCCUUCCGCCAGGCAGCUCACCCUCCACCGAUACCAAGCUGCUAAUGUAACCAACGUCUCUCAGUUCUCACCCGAUGUCGUCGACUAAGAAAGAAAGAGAAGUUUCUGCCUGAUUCUCAUAUGCGACAAAGUACACCUCCACCCCUCUAGAGGGUUGGAAUUGAUGAAAGCUUAAUCUUGAAAAUUGAAUGCUUUGCAAUAUUAAGGAGAGGAAAAAAUGGCAAGUCAGAUGGUGUUUCCUUUUAACCACAUCAAUUUUGACUCUCUUUUUAACUUUGUUGAUUGCAUUUCAAUGUUAUUGUUUGCUAAAUGUAGAAUUACUGGAAUCAAUCAAGUUGGGAAAAAGGCUAUACAUAAAGAUAUGGAGGCCGGAACAUAUGCUAUAUUUUUAUUAUGGAUUUUGUUUGAGAUCUUUUAAUAAACCUUCUACAUUGUUCAACUCUUUCAAUUUCUAACUAUCCAAGUUGGAAAUUAUGUCCCAGUUCUAUUGAAGCAGUUUAGUGUUGCACUUGAUAUUGCUUUUGAAAUUGCCCAUGAGGAAAAUUAUGUCCUAGGCCCUUUUGAUGCUGGUUUAGGAGCCAGUAAUGGCACACUGACUAAUUUGGAUACUAUGGUAGGCUUAGAUGAACCCUCGGUGGCUACCUCUAACAAGGCAGUAACUGUUGGUGAAGCUCAUCCGCUUUUGAUUCUCACUGAUGCUCACUUGAUUGAUGCUACUACUGCUCACAGAAAAUACACAACAUCUUCUGGAGAUGAUGAAUUUAAUUCUGAUCCACCCAAAGUUGAAGCCAAGGUUGAUACUAUAGUUAAUUCAAACUUGUCCUAUGAGGAUGGUCCAUCUGAGGGCCUCUCUGUUUCCCAUAAGUUUUCUAUUGUUACAGGUAUAUCUGCAACCGAGAAAGUAUGUCCUGAUGGAGAGGGAAAUUGUAUAUUUUGUAUAUAGUCCCAGUUUUGCAUGCCAGUUCUGUAAAGAACAUAUUUUCAUUUCAGGUAUUAUAAUAGUGGCCUCAGUUAUUAAUUUCA